GCCCAGUAGAUAAAAAAAUUAAUUAACUAUCAGUUUUAUGAAGUGUAGAUAUAUAGAAAUAAUUCAUUAUUUGGUUUACCUUUAGAUAAAGAAUAUUGGCAAAUACCAGAUCAUCAUUAGUAUAUCUCUAAUACGAAACGAAAAAUAAAUAACACAUUGAUUUAGAACGAUUGCCUUGCACCUGAUAAGACGACGACACCCAUUUUGAUAAAGAAUUCCUUUCGAGUACAAUUUUCAAUUCGCUACAGCGUAAUGUUGCUUAAACUCCUUCUUCUCUUCGUGUUAGUGUUUUGUGAAAACGUGUACAGUGAGAUUUGUUCCAACGCAAGUAAAUUAAAAUGUGACUGUAGAAUAUUUACUAAUACCAAGUCUCAUCUACCUAUGCAAACAGCUGACUGCUCCGAAAGAGGAAUAGAAAAUAUUCCAGAAAAUAUUGAAGAUGGUUUGAGUAUUCUGGAUCUUUCUAUCAAUGUAAUACAAAAUUUGGACCCAACCAAACAGGCUCUAAGCAGCAAUAGUUUAGAAGAACUUAUUCUUAGUUAUAACAAUAUAACUUACAUUGACGUUAAUUUCUUCCAAAAUCUUCCAAACCUGCAACAAUUGGAUCUAAGUAACAAUUUUAUCAGUGCUUUUAAUAAUUCUGAAGUAUUUCAAAAUCUUAAAUCCCUAAAUUUCCUGGAUCUUAGUUACAAUAACUUAAAUACUUUACCAGAUUUCAUAUUUAAUCCUUUAUUUAAGCUUAUCCAACUAGACUUGAGCUACAACUAUAUGGGUGAAUUUUUAACCUCUAGCAAAUCUGUUUUAACUGAUAAAUUAGGAUUGACAUCAAACUUAACUCAACUUAGUAUAAACGGUUUGAACUUGAUGGAACUUCCUAGUGGUUACUUUGAUAAAUUUGUAGAUUUGAAGAAACUGUCUUUAUGCGAUAAUGAUUUAUCAGUUAUUCCUACUGUUCCGUAUACUUUAGAAUAUUUAGAUCUAUCUGGAAAUAAGUUGACUUUCAUUUCUGCUAGAUACCUCAACUACCACUCUUUGAAAGUUCUCAAAUUAAAUGAAAUGGAUACUCUAACUGAUAUACACCAUUACGCUUUUUACAAUUUAUUCGCUUUAGAGAAGCUUUAUAUUAACGAUUGUCCAAAUUUGAAGGAAUUUAAUGAAUUAGCUUUCGAUGUACCUUCGAAGGAUAUUGAUCAUCAUCCAAAGUUCUUAUCUUUGGCUAGAAAUGGAUUGAAGUCGUUGAACCAGUCUUAUAAGUAUUUCUUCAAAAAUAUGGAUCAUAUUGAUUUAACACAUAACCCAUGGAAUUGUGACUGCGAUAUUCUUUGGCUUCAAGACUUUGCUGAUGAAUUGUCCAAACCUCACGAACUUAGAUGUAAUUACCCAAGCGAACUCAAACACAAAAAAAUCCUAGACAUCGAGCCUUCCGAUUUAUUGGAAUGUUUUCCAGCCAUUUACGGAAAGAAAAGUCAUAGAGUGCUGAUAGUAGUAUUAUCAUUGUCUUGUGUAGUGCUUUGUGGGUUAAUAUUUUACCUUCUAAGGUAUCCAAUUAAUGGAAUAGCUAAUAAACAUAAAAUAGGCCCAAACUCACCUUACAGCUUAGCACAUACUACAGAUCAUGCUUAAAGCAACAAAAUGUAUAUUUCCACCUAUCCCUAAACACAUAGAAAUUUAAUUAUCUAGCAUUUUAUAAAAUACAUUAUUUUAUUGUUAAUAAUAAUGUUCAAAAAGUUGUUUCAAAAUAUGGAAUAAAAACAGUAUUUCAAUUAAAUAUUAGUAAAGUAGCAAAGGGGACAUGACCACAGUAUCAGUGUCAAAAUGAUAUAUUUUACGCAACCAGUUGCAUAAUGUUGAACAUCAUGAAACUGGUUUCGAAAAAUUCAUUACGUUUUAAAAUCAAUAUUAUUGAAAGUGCAACGUUUUUAUGCAUGCAUCUUUUAAGUUAUGAAUAUAAUAGAUUUUUAACUUCUAGCCAAUUAUCUAAGAGUGCUCGCAUGCAGCGGUGUCACCAACGAAAUUUGAAUUUGUAUUGAAAAUGGAUAAUUUUAAACGAUUAGUAAAUGCAUGCAAAUCGUUUUUUAUUAAAAUUUGAAUAAAAAUAUAACGCGGAAAAUAAUUUACAUACGCCUCCUUCGUGUAGUACGUCCCAAAAUUGUUAAUUGAACAUGUAAAAAAGAAGAGGUAUUGAAAAACAAUAAUUAAACUUAUGCUUUUUCACAGCAAUAUUUUUGUUCUUAAAUAGACCACAAUAUUUUGCAUAAAAUCGCGGCGUGCACAAGCGUUGCGGUAAUUUUUUAAACAUGUACUUUCUUUUGUAAUUACUGGGAACAAUUAUUUAAUGUAUGCAAUUGGACUAUGUAAAAAAAGUGUUUGCAUACAUUUCGGAAGGGUUUAAGAUAUUUGCAUACGCUAAGAUAGGUCGCAAAAUUAUUGAUUCACUUUAAACAAUUAAAAAACGUAUGCGUUCUUCUUUUAGUAAAUUUCUUGAUAAAAUAUCACGUUUUAUCGAUUUGCAUACGAUUCCGAAGUGUACAACGAAAAAAUGGAAAAUUCGAAAUAACAUUGAACAAUAAUUAUUAUACGAAUGCUAUUGGAAAUACUGAUAAAUUAGGUGUAAAUAUUCAUAUAUUAUACAGGGUGUCCCAUUAGUGCAUAAUUGCUCGAUAUAUCAAUUUGUAUUAUAGAUACACAAAGAGCAUUCAAUUAAAAGUUAUAUGAAUUUGAACAAGACAUAUUUUGAAUAUAUUUGAGUAUAUACAGGGUGUUGCGUUUUUUUCCUGGCAAAUAAAAAUGUAUGUUGCGCCCCAUUAAAUGUAUGCCCCCCCCCACCCCGCAAGGCUGGCUACCCCACUGAUAAUUGAACAUGGAUACGUGGUUUGCGACUCGGCUGAGCGAUCCAAUAUGGGGUCCAUCGAUGACGCGAACAAGAUAGAUAAACGAAAAGCAAAGCCAAAAGGGCAUUAGUUA